AUACAAUAAAAUACAGUAUAUAUAAUAUAUACAGUAGGUUGUAUACAGUGUAUACAACCUAUUGUAUACAUACUUAUUACAGUGUAGCACAGGUUUCAUUAAAACAGUCAAGAAGUCGUCUUUAAUUCAUUCUGCCAUAACUAAUCAAAACACUGAUUCCAUUGCUUAUAUUUUUGCUCUGUUAGCUCUAUCUAUAACUCUAUAUAAUUUGUUUUGCCUCUCAACAAGCCUCUGGUUUAACAUUUACCUAAUACUUUCGGUUGACAUGUUUGUCGUUGAGUGCCUCAUUGAUGCGCAUCUCAUCGAAACUAGCCGGUGUUCCCUGCUGUGGAAUCUGGCCAGGCCUGAUUCUUCACCUUAUCCUGGUUUCAGGUGCAUCUCAUUUUGGCAUUAUCUCCUCCCUCCCAUGAGCAUCUUAAAAUUCUGAAGGUAGAGGACACAAGUCAUUAUUCAAAUUAACAGCAGAGCCAACAAUUCUAAGCUAGUGAAAUCAAACCAAAGAGAAGAAAAUGGUAUCCAUGUGUCGGCAGAUCCUCGGCAUGUCCCUAGGUUUUAUUGGCUUCCUGGGAGCUAUCAUGAUUUGUGCUCUUCCUAUGUGGAAGGUGACAGCUUUCAUCGGGGCUAAUAUUGUGACAGCGCAGACCAUCUGGGAGGGCUUGUGGAUGAACUGUGUGAUGCAGAGCACAGGACAGAUGCAGUGUAAGAUCUACGACUCGCUCUUGGCCUUACCUCAGGACCUGCAGGCCGCUCGGGCACUCGUGGUCAUCGCCAUCAUCGUCUGCUUCUUUGCGCUCAUCCUGGGCAUAGCUGGUGGGAAAUGCACCAACUUUGUGGAGAAGGAAGACGCGAAGGUAAAGGUGGCGAUCGCCAGUGGUGUCAUCUUCAUCGUGGCAGGAGUGCUGGUCCUGGUCCCCGUCUGUUGGUCAGCUAACACCAUCAUCAGGGACUUCUAUAAUCCCAUUCUCACCGAUGCCCAGAGGAGGGAGAUGGGGGCUUCACUCUACAUCGGCUGGGGUGCGGCUGCAUUGUUGAUCCUUGGAGGAGGUAUUCUGUGUAGCUCCUGCCCACCCAAAGAAGACAACUACGGGGUCAUGUACUCUCAGCCACGGUCCGUCGCCAGCAACAGAGCCUACGUCUGAACGGAGAUCUCUCACACAAAGACUGUUUACAUGCAAAGACUCUUUAUUCAUAAAGCCUUUUUGUUCCCACCUCUGGCUUUUUCUCUGUUCCAAGGAAAAGGACAUUAUCUGACAUGGCAUAGGUUAUUUAUUAUGAUUUUGUGCCGUGAUUAUAGAGUGAUCUCACUACACUGACCUAAUUUCAUAAUAGUAGAUUCACAGUACUGAGGAUUUACACAUGUUUUCACAAGAAAACAUUACAGAUCAUGUUCACUGCAAAAAAAGUAUAUUUGUCUUAUUUUCCAGUAAAAAUAUCUAAAUAUGCUUAAAACAUGAACAAUUAUUUAGGAAGCAGAAUUGCAUAAGAUAUUAAGUUUUAUUUUCGGAGAAAUCAAACCAAAUUUGGUGGGGUUAAAGCUUACAACAAGAAAAAACUAUUUGCCAAUGGGGUAAGAAAAAUAAACUUGUUUGCCCUUUUAAUCAAGUUUUUUCUUUCUUUCUUACACAUAUUUCAAAAUGCAGAACGUUUGGCCAUUUUAAACAUUACAACUAAACAUUCUUCUAAACCUGAAUCUCAAAAGUAGUUUGGCUGAAACUAUGCCCUUUUGUUCAAAUCCUCCCAAACUGGUUGGACUAGGUAUCAACGAUGAUACUAGCAAAGAUGUUUGCUUCCCUGAUAGCACACAAACAUCACAUAGACGUCUAUUUGAUGUGUGUUUACAUCUGAAAACUAUAUUUUUUUCGGUUGUUUUCUCAUCUGCAAUACAUCUAUAAGACGUUCCCUCAUGGACGCGGACAUUCAGCAGAUGUCUUUGAGACAUUUAUGAUUUAGAAUGUUUGUAAAUCAUAUCUUUUUAAGAUGUUUAUCAGAUGUUAAUUAGAAUGCAAUACUUUCCAGAUGAAAUGCCCUUUAAGAGAUAUCUGGGAGAUGUACGUGUGCUAUCUGGGUUGCAUAUUAACAAGAUGUCGGUCACAUUACUUUUGGGAACAUAUUUAUUUUUUCUCUCAUUUUAAUACUAUAAACUUAAAACUGACUAAGCUAAAUAAAUAAAGGUUGACCUCAACCUAUAACAAGUGUUCUUGUUGGCUGUAUGCUUCCAACAAGGAUUAUGGGAUUUGACAAAAGAGAUGUAAACCAAUCACAUGUUUUUAAAACCCUUUAUUUUCACAAACUCAUUGAAUCUCACAAGGCUACUAUUCCUUCAGUUUAAGUAGAUUCUCUCUUGGAGUAGCAUACACUUUUCUCUAAAUCCAGCCUGUUUACACAGAGAUUUUGUUUUGGAAAAGACUGAAGCCAA